CUAACAAGGGUGUUAGACGUGGCGUGUAUUGUCACCUCUCCUCUUUUUUUUCAUGAACUGGAUUGACAUAUACAGCCAUUGUGGAAUUGGUAAAUAAUGGGAAUAAUUAUAUUUGUUUUAUUGUGUGUGUGGUGGUUCUCGGCUGGGAAUGAUGGAGGGUAAAUUAAAGAAGACAUAGAUGAUAAUUAAAGACGGGUGAUAGAGGUGAGAGUGAUGCAGUUGUAGAGUCCUCUGUAAUUGGGGAAGGGGGUAUGGUAAGAAAUGGGAUGGUGGAUAAAGAUUAGUGAUGGUUUAUUGUGGAAGGUGUUGGAUAGAGUGGAAAGGUAACAGUGAAUAGUGAAGGACUAUCAUAUUUUAAGUGUUAUGGAAAAGGGGAAUGGAGAGAGCUACAUAGAUAGGUAGAGUAAAAUUUUGUGAUGUGAGCAGCGUGGAAAGACAUUGGGUACAAUAGAGGUAGGGGUAUGGGAAGAGGAAGAGCAGGGUGAUAAUGCCAUGACAGUAUUCCAGAGGAAGAUAUAGUGAAGCGAUCACCAAUGGGAAGAGAGUAUGGUGAGAGGUAUAGAGAAACAGUGGAAAGGCCUGUAGUGAGAGAACAGUUAAUGGAGGUUGAGAGAAAGAGUUUUGAGUGAUGAAGAGAUGAAGUCAUGGAGUUGGGAGGACGGAAGGUAAUGGGACAGUGAGGUGUGCAUGUGUUAAAGCAAAUACAUACUUGUACAUGCAUGAGGGUCAUACCUUCUUCAUUAUAGGUAAAUAAUGGAUUACAAGCAGGAGCAAUGUGCUGUCAUUGAAUCUUGAGAGAGGAAAGGUGCAAACCAUCUUGUAUCUACAGAUUCAUGUGGACAGAUGAGUCACAAUGUAAUAUUGGAUGAGGGUGCCUUAAAAGUAUCAUCAGUUUUUAUCUUCUAUUAAAGGCACAAAAAAGAUGUUAUGCAGAACUAUUAUAACACUGUUUAUGUAAAUAUGUAGUGAAUUAGGAUGAAAUAUUUCUUCACAUCAUUUAUUAGUAGCUUAUGUUUACUUCAUUGUCUGAGCUGUUUACUUGAUGAAUUCAUAAUCUUCGGGAAAAUUUCCUAAAAAGUUUACAUCUUCUUCAUAAACUGUGAAGCAUAAAUAUAGCAGUAGAAUUAUUUCUUUGCAAGAAAAUAGAAAAUACAAAGCAGAACAGCAUUUGUACAUUGUGGUGAAAUACAAAGAAUUAUGGAGAAAGGAAUAUGUGAGAACCAGCAAAAAUGCAAAGCACAAUCAAAGGUGAUUGAUUUUCCUGCUGAGAAGUUGAAACUGAAAGGGACAAGUAACCUAACUACUCGAAAACGUACAAAUAGUAGAGAGAAAUACUAUCACUGUGAUAUCUGUGGUAAGUCAUUCUUUCGAAAGUAUGAGGUUGCUAUACACAAACGUAUUCACACAGGAGAGAAACCUUAUCGCUGUGAGAUCUGUGGUAAAUCAUUCUCUGUAAAUAGUUCUUUAACUAAUCAUAAACGCAUUCAUACAGGAGAGAAGCCAUAUCACUGUGAUACUUGUGGUUAUUCAUGCUCAGAAAAAGGGGCUUUGGUGCAACAUAUACGAGUUCAUACUGGCGUGAAACCAUAUCAUUGUGAUAUCUGUGACAAAUCAUUUACUCAAAGAAGUAAUUUAACUAAGCACAAUGUUAUUCAUACGGGAGAGAAGCCUUAUCGCUGUAAUAUCUGUGGAAAGUUAUUCUCCUCAAAUGCUAACUUAACUAUUCACAAACGUGUUCAUACAGGUGAAAAGCCAUAUCACUGUGAUGUGUGUGAUAAAUCAUUUGCUCAAGCUACUGAUUUAACUAAACACAAACGCAUUCAUACAGGUGAGAAACCAUAUCAGUGUGAUAUUUGUGGUAAAUCUUUCUCUGCAUGUACUCAAUUAAUCAUUCAUAAACGUGUUCAUACAGGAAGGAAACCAUAUCGUUGUGAUAUUUGUGGUAAAUCUUUCUCCCAAAGUAGUUACUUAAUUCCUCAUAAACGUAUUCAUACUGGAGAGAAGCCAUAUUGCUGUACUGUCUGUGGUAAAUCAUUUUCUUAUAGAAUUUCUUUUACAAACCACCAACGUAUUCAUACAGGACAGAAGCCAUACAACUGUGAUAUCUGUGAUAAAUCUUUCUCACGCAAGGAUUACUUAACUAACCACAAACGCAUUCAUACAGGAGAGAAACCAUAUCAUUGUGAUAUUUGUGGUAAAUCAUUCUCUCUAUAUUGUCAAAUAGGGAUUCAUAAACGCAUUCAUACAGGAGAAAAGCCUUAUCAUUGUGAUAUCUGUGGUAAAUCAUUUCCACAGACAUGUGGAUUAACUACUCAUAAACGUAUUCAUACAGGAGAAAAACCAUUUCAGUGUGAUAUCUGUAAUAAAUCAUUCACUGUAAAUAGUACUUUGACUAAACACAAACGCAUUCAUACAGGAGAGAAGCCAUAUCAUUGUGAUAUCUGUGGUAAAUCAUUCUCUCGUAGUGCUAACUUAUUUAAACACAAACGCGUACAUACUGGAGAAAAGCCAUAUCACUGUGAUAUCUGUGGUAAAUCAUUCUCUGAAAGUGGUACAUUAACUAAACAUAAACGCAUACAUACAGGAGAGAAGCCUUAUCACUGUGAUAUCUGUGGAAAAGCUUAUUCGAAAAAAUGUUCUUUGGUUAAACACAAAUGUAAUCCUACAAAAGACUAAACUUAUCCAUGUCAAAAGUCAUUCUCUGAAAAUAUAUAUAUAACAAUAAAUGUAUUGACAGAAGAAAUAAGAUGUGUGGGUUAACAACCCCUCUGAACAGUAUAUAUAGUACUCAGUUAUAUGUGUUUUGGUGAAAUGUCUUACAACUGUAAUAUUUUCAAUAAAAAACAUUAUUUCUGAGG